UCGCCCAGUCGUUUGCCGUUUGUCAACCGUUAGCCAGCGUUUGCCGUGAGCGCUAGUUUCUUGCAAGGAAUUUAUAUAUAUAUAUUAAUAUAUAUAUAAAGUAGAAGCAAGUGAUAGCAACUGAAUCUGAAUCCGCAAAAUCUGUGUAUAAAUUAGUCGCCAGAAACCCAAAUAGUUCAACUAAUACUAUUUAGUGUUCAGCUAAAAAGUGUUUCAAGCAUAUUUCAACAAAAAUGCAGUACAUCUAUGUGAUUAGUGCGCUGAUUUUGGCCAUCGCCGUGCAGCAAGGAUAUGCCAUCAAGUGCUUUGUCUGCAACAGCCACAAAGACGCCAACUGUGCGCUGGACAUACCGCCGGACAAUCUGCUGAAGGACUGCGAUGAGCAGUACUCGUCCCGCGGCAAGGGGAUUCCCACGUACUGCCGCAAGAUUACGCAGAUCAUCGAGUUCUCGGUGAACAGCCUGCCUCCGGAUAGCCGUGUGAUUAGGACCUGUGCCUAUCAAAACCAGACCUCCACCAACUAUUGCUAUCAGCGUGCCGGCUUUGGUGGUCGGCAGGUGGUCUGCUCCUGCGAUACGGAUAACUGCAACGGAGCCGGAGCGAUGGGCGCAUCGGCGGUGGGCGUGGCAGCCAUGGUGGGCCUCCUGCUGAGCGCCCGUCAGUAUCUGCAGCGUUAAAGACGAGAAUCGAGGGUGUCCCUCAGUUGUUUUUGUUUGUUUUAUCGAUGCAUCCACCCAGUUUUUCUUUCGUAUUGCUGCUGCUGACUCUUUGACUUCUGUGACACUUUCACCGCUUUCUCCCGCCCCCCUCACAUCAUCAACAAGGUCCACUCGCAGAGCUGCUCCAGAGCCAGCUCUGGCCCAGCCUGAUUUUGUAACAUUUUUUGAAUGGAGAACCGUAAAAGCUUUAUACAAAGUAUUGAAUAAUAACAUAAUUCCCUAAAUAGAAGUGUAUAUAAAAAACCAAAGAGAGCAUGUAAACAAUUGGCCAAUAUAAUCGUUCAAAUCUUUUUACAUUAACAGGCAUUUUGCAACUAACGUAUUAAACGAAAUCAAGGAAAAUAACGAAUAAAUAAAACUAAACCCUACCGCAGUUGAAAGUAUUAAACAAAUCGAAAAUAACGAAUAAGUCAAAGAUGGCCACAAAGCUAACGAUGUUAAAAUUUAAGGUUACACACAAAAUAAAAGUAGUACAUAAUAAAUGUUAA